AGCUUGACUCGCUCUUUCGGUCCGACUCGAUGACACGAAUGAGAGGCAAGUAGAAAAAAAGGGGAUGGACGGUUUCACUGGAAGUUUGUAUGGACGGGAAGACUGAACCCAUGCCACAAAUUGACGACAGGCACCACCAAAGCAGAAGACGUGGUUUCAGACAAAGCUACUUGCUGUCAUGGGCUUUGGACAUUCGAGGCAUUCCACACCGAAAGAGCUCGUCGAGCACUGAGGGCGAAAGCCUACGGAUAAGUUGGUGGAUGACAGAAAUGCGCUCGACGGUUUUGAGCCAGGCAUUGUGUCUUCUCAAUUUGUUCCAAUUUGGUUGAUUCUUUUUUUUUUUCACUGGUGAAAUGGCCGCUCUCGCCGCCGAUGGGCUUUGGUGCCGGAAUUUGUGGCUCUGUGCUUUGCUGCAUGCUUUCUGUUGUGGCAAUGUCGGAAGAAGCGCGUCUUCAAGAAGCUCAAGCGCCGAGUUGAGUCGUCGUUGGGGUUCAUGCACAAACGCAAGCGAGAAUUCCGUUGAAUGGAUUGCAAGAGUAUCUGCUCGUCAACGAACAGAGACUUGAAGGGUGAGGGAUAAUCUUGACUUGUCCACCACGAUGGAGAGGCAAAAUGGAGAGGCACACCUGCACGUCUUGGCUCAGAUCGCAUGCCAUAUUGGCGAGAGCUGUUGCCAUUUUUCGAAUCUGAAACUUGCCAUUUUUAGUUCCACGCUUCUAUUGGCUUAAAUUCCAUCUUUACAAACAACAAGUCGACAUACGUCACUCAUCAUGACCUCCGUAGCGAAAGAUGCCGACGCUGUCGCUCCUCCUGCCGACGCCACAGCUUCCCCAGCCACUGACGUCGACAUGGAUAAAGAAGCCAAGAUGCUGAUGCACGAUGAACGCUCCUGCAUUUUCGAGACCCGCAUCGAGCGCGCUGAUCUGUGCCGUCAACGAGGCUCCGCGCAGUUCAAAGCUGGAGAUAUCGACAAGGCGGUGACGUGGUACCAGCGCGCGCUCUACCACGUGGACUUCGACGAGGGCACGUGGCAUUUCGAGUUCACGGCCAAGAAUCGCUCAGAUGUCAACGUAGUAAGACUACCGGUAUAUUUGAACCUGGCAGCAUGUUAUCUGGUCCAAGGGGCUCCGAAGGGUAAAGAAAACGACGACGAAUUGCUGUCCAAAGUCAUUGAGAAUACAAAUCUGGCACUUGCCAUCGACCCAGAGAACGACAAGGCGCUGUACCGUGCAGGACGUGCGCUACUACUAACUGGAGAUCUUGCUGGAGCCAAGGAGAAAUUGACAAAAGCAGCUAAGCACCACCCUUCAGAUAGGAAUAUCCGUGAUGCACUGUCGACAUUGAAGGAGAAAGUGGCUGAGCAUAAGAAAGAGGAAAAGGAACGUUGGGGUGGGAGACUACUGGAUGAGAAGGCAACGGAAGCGAGCAAACCAGCUACUAAACAGCAGUUGAAAAAGCCCAGCGAGUCCAGUAACACACUGUGGUGGGUCGCUGUCGUUCUCAUUGGCGUGGCAUUGGCACUUGGCCAGCUCAGCUUCGUGGAGUAAACAAGAGAAGGCGAUAAGUGUAUUGCGUUAAUGCAGCUCCUUUUUCUGGUCUAAAGACGUGGAUUUAGGCGUACUCGAAGAGCUUAACAGUGUGCAGAUACUUGUCGUCGCACUCGCGAUGUGGUCGCCAGUAGGUGUAGUAUCCGUUGGCCUUGACUCUGGUACAGCGCACGAAGCCAUUCUGCCAGCGUUCGGGCUCACCGUACGUCUCCAUGUACUCCUUCAUGUCGCGCCAACCCGUUUGUUGCACACGGAAGGCUUCCUCGGCUUCGGGACUCCACUCCUUGGGACGAUAACAUCGCGUUGCUUUGGUCUUGGUGACCACAGGAUUGUGCUGUGGUUGUGCGUUGUUAUUGCCAGACGAGUAAUCCUCGUCCAUCUUGUACUGCGUGUUCGAACGCGGCGUGGAGCCGCGUGACGAGUGCUUUGAACGAGUCAGAGACGUCGCGUUGACGGAUAAUACCUCCAUUUGGGCAGCUGUGUCUUCUCUCCGGCAAGAACAAGUGUGAACGGCCAGGUAUCAGCUAGCAAAUGAUAAAGUAUUUUGAGCGUGAGCGGUGCGUUGAAGAGGAUUCUGGGAAUAGCGUCACUGCUUAAAGCCGUUGCAGCAGUAUCGUUACAGGGUGCACCGCAGUGUUUCACUUGGUGCGAGCUCUUGGUCCUCGUCUAGUAGCUUUGAUCUGAUCGCCUUGCUCAAC